GGAGCCUAAAAUAGCAACCGCACCGCGGAGCUGCCAGGAAAUUCCGAUUUCCGAGUCUGUGAGCCAAUGGACGUAACUUCUGGAAGGAAAAGGCCAAGUGGUUGGGAACAGGGGACGACACCAGUGAGUGUGGCUUUUCUGAUGCCUUUAAGAGUUGAUUGGACAGCAGCUCAGGGGUAGGUGGAAGGGGGAAGGGGGCACAAGGAGUGAGGGUGUCUUCAGGAAAAGAUAUAAUUGCCCCCCACCACCACCAGUUUCCCAGCUCAAGAUACAAAGGAUGAGAAGGAGACGAAGCAACUCAAAGCAAUAGUGACUUCUGCUGCCCUGAACGUCGGAGAAGCUAGAGGACAGCAGGAAGGGGAGUCUUCAACUAUGCCGUACAAGGAACGGAGGACCAGGAAGGCCCUGGAUGAAAGAUUUUAGACUCGCCACGCCCCCACCGCACGGGAAAACCCGUCAGAGGAACACACGAGUAUGGUGGACCGAUUCCCAGGGGUAAUUCCUACUUAAACUUGUACCGACUUGUUUUUGGAGUGACAGUGACUAACGAGAGACUUUUCUUCAUUUUGGGGAGAAAAAAAACACUACAAAACACCCGCUCACCUCUCCAAAUACCGCCAGCCUGCAGUUCAUCAUUUACUUUGCCAUGACAACCUCUCGCAAGAAGUCUGCACACUGAUCCUCACAGACCUCAGUAAAGCCACUGGGAGCCCCUGGAUUGGCAAAGCUGAGCCCAUCAUCUCCGGGCGACAGACAGUUUUAUGCCGUUUCUGCUGCCUCUCUGCCCGGGAAGUCAGCGCUUCCUUGAGCAUGGCUUUUCGACUUCUGAGCCCAAAGGGACCUGGAAAACAGAUGUACCCCAAAAGAAAAUGGAAAGGAGAUUCCAAGACCCCGAAAAUGGAGGCCAUCCACAUCAACAUGUCCAGCGCCCCUCUGGUGAAUCACGCCUCGAGCGUCGAACUCAAGAGCAAUAAGCCGCGUGUCAUGUCGAAGAGUGGCCACAGCAAUGUGAGGAUCGACAAAGUGGACGGCAUAUACCUACUUUACCUCCAGGACCUGUGGACCACCGUCAUAGACAUGAAGUGGCGGUACAAGCUCACUCUGUUCGCUGCCACUUUUGUCAUGACUUGGUUCCUCUUUGGAGUCAUCUACUACGCCAUCGCCUUCGUUCACGGGGACCUGGAGCUGAGCAGCGUUGCCAAAGACCACGUCCCCUGCAUCAUGAAUGUGGACUCCCUCACUGGGGCCUUCCUCUUCUCCCUGGAGUCCCAGACCACCAUUGGGUACGGCGUCCGCUCCAUCACGGAGAAGUGCCCUCAUGCCAUCUUCCUCCUGGUGGCCCAACUGGUCAUCACCACCCUGAUCGAGAUCUUCAUCACGGGCACCUUCCUGGCCAAGAUCGCGCGGCCCAAGAAGCGGGCCGAGACCAUCAAGUUCAGCCACUGCGCGGUCAUCACCAAGCAGAACGGGAAGCUGUGCCUGGUCAUUCAGGUGGCCAACAUGAGGAAGAGCCUGCUGAUCCAGUGCCAGCUCUCGGGCAAGCUGCUCCAGACCCACCUCACCAAAGAGGGGGAGCGGAUCCUGCUCAACCAGGCCAGCGUCAAGUUCCACGUGGACUCCUCUUCCGAGAGCCCCUUCCUCAUCCUCCCCAUGACCUUCUACCACGUGCUCGAUGAGACCAGCCCGCUCAAAGACCUCACCCCUCAAAACCUCAAGGAGAAGGAAUUCGAGCUGGUCGUCCUCCUCAACGCCACCGUCGAGUCCACCAGCGCCGUCUGUCAGAGCCGAACUUCUUAUAUCCCAGAAGAGAUCUACUGGGGCUUUGAGUUCGUGCCCGUGGUCUCGCUCUCGAAAAACGGGAAGUACGUGGCGGACUUCAGCCAGUUUGAACAGAUCAGGAGAAGCCCGGACUGCACUUUUUACUGUGCGGACUUAGAAAAGCAAAAGCUCGAAGAGAAGUACAGGCAGGAGGACCAGAGAGAGCGAGAACUCAGGACGAUCUUGUUACAGCAGAGCAACGUCUGAUGGCAUUCGCCCCUGCCCACCUGGACUGUAUGGCAUUGCUCUGGAUUUGCCAAGGAGCAGAGAUCUGGGCAAAGAUUUGGAUCUUAGGCAGCUCUGAGUAGUUGGUGGUGAAACCUCAUUUGUGCCUGGUGACCUACAUAGGGAAUGCUAAGAACAGAUGGAUUUGUCUACCUUGAAUCGGCUACCCCCAACCUCAUGCUUUGGGGUGCAAAACCAGGGAUCACUCUGAAAGAAAAAUCCACCUGCCUACCCCUGUUGGGUUGCCUGAAAGAAGGACACGACGCUUUUCACAGACUCAUUUAUUCACGUAUUACAUCUCAGCUGCCAGCCAUGAAAUCCACUUAAUGUAGAGCACACCCUGUGCCUUUUCCAGAUUUGGUAUCUGAUUAAGCAUUUCUCAUUCCAAGAAGUUUUCUGGUGUACAUUGUUGACCUAGCGCAGGUGGAUUUAUCUUUUUUUUUUUUUAAUCAAGUUGAUCAUCUUAGGUCAGUUAUUUCAAAGCCUCAAAUGAUCUAAUAUGCCUGGAAGAAUGCUGAAGAACUCUGUAUUGCCACUAAAAGCCUAUCUCAGUAACUGCUGGAUCUACAGAGAUUAGCAAAUCUGGCGCCCAAAGAAAAUGGGUUCCUAAAGGGGAUCAGCUAUUAUAUGCAGUAGCUCAGUGGCCUUCAGGGUUUGGGAAAUAUUAGCUCUUGGGUGGGAUAAGAGGUGGGUGAGGUUUUAGGGAAAAUGACUAUGGUCAUUAAAAGAACUCAUCCUCUAUUUUUGAAGUAGGAAAAAUGGCUUACAUCAGGAAUCCGUGCCCUGCACCGAUCCAGUCAGGGUCCCUUGCUCAAUUAAAAGCCAUUAGUUUCUUAAAGAAUCAUUUAAUUUUUGCCACUAGUGAAGGGGCUGCCAAGAACCAUAUAUCCAGAGUGGGAGCUGGGGGCAAUUAAGAUAGAACCAAAACAGUAAUUAACUCUAGUUGCAAUCUAUUUCUGCAAAAGCAUCACUUCUCUCCCUCCAAAAAGGUGCUCAAAAUGAGUUUUUCAAGAUAAUUUGAUGCGCUCCGGGCCACAUUAAAGAAUAAUUAUGGGAAGGCUUUAUGGGUUCUAUAGGUUUUCUAAUAGUCAAAAUGGGCCAAUAGCCCAGUGGACUAUUUCACGUUCAGUGGAUUAUGACCCACUGUCCAUGAAGGAACUUCAUUUGAAAUAGUUCUUCUUUCCAGGGCCCAGUGAGAUAAACAGAGCCCUCUAUGAGGCUGCUCAACAUACGACUUAUUAGUUCUGUUCAGUCUGUGAGAUAACAAACUGUGCCUUGUUAUGUGGUGGUUGCCAAUGUGGGAGAGGAUAAAGGGGCAUCAGCCGGGGCAGGAAAAUAAGACUUUGUCUAGAGGGAGGUGCAGUCCCCUCAGUACUGGCUGGCUGUCAAAGGCAUUUUUUGGUGAGGGGGCCAGAAUAGGUGAGCUCCCUGGUUUCUCCCCUCACUUAACCGGGUACUUAGGUAACUGCAACCUAUGGUCUCCACCUAGCUCCUGAGCACUGCCUCACUGUCAUCAGUUGUCAUCAAUCAGUCCUAGACAGCUCAAGGUCAUUGGAACAAUUGGCAGGUCAGAGCCUCGAGGCCAAUACUACUGUGGCUGGGCUCUGUUAACCGUCACGGUCGGUCUCCACUUGAGACAGCAGCCACAGCCGCUCUGACCAGAGCCGGGAAGAAAAUGGAACUCAGGCUGCCGCCCUGCACUUGACCUUGUCCGCUAUGGGUCCGAGGACGCGGAGGAGGAAAAGGCUCCAAGAUUUAAGGCAAGGAACAGGGCGAGGGAGGAGUUCUGAAUUCCAAGUGAAGGCCCCUUGACUCCUGCCGACCCCUGUUUCUCGGUCACCACUUCAAAUGCCAUCCCUGUUAAUCCCUCCCUCACAAGGGGCCCGGGCUGAGUAUCGGGCACAUUGUAGUGCAGACACACGAUCCUCCAGUGUUUAUCUCCAAGGAGCACUCCCACUCCCCCCAGGCCAAGGAGUGGGAAGGAGAUGGGGAGCGAAGUGUUUUCUUGCAUUAUCAAGAUCCCUUUGGUCGUGGUCACCGGAGCCUGGCAGGACUUUUGGCAAGGUGCCCCGAUAUCUGCAAGCUUAGCGGUCAAGGGAUGCAUUCAUUUUAUUUCCUAAGGCUUUGACCUAAGGAUUCCUGCAGAAUGGUGACACUCAACGACAAACCAAACCCACUAGCCCACAACUCUAGAGAACACCUAGUGCCUUAAAUCCAGUGCCUGUGUAGCUGUAACCUUCCUGCCUCUUUCCCAACCGGGCCGGAUGUCUGAAAACACCAUGGGGUAUAAAAGCCUGACAAGUUUCGGGCACAUGGCAGUGAAGAUACUGAAUGGCACCUGAACUGAUGUCGGAGGAAGACAGUUGCGUGCCUGGGCACCCUCUCUCCCCAUGAACGAAGCUUUGCUGCUUGACCUGAAAGAAAGAGCUCUUGUGUUUGGAAAUCUUUCCAGUGCAUUAGGCUCUCUUGAUGGAGACCAUUCAAAAAUGCUAUGUUCCAUUUGAGAAACCACAAAGUAAAUAGCAGCAAAUCAAUGUAAUCUGCAAGCAGUGUCUGAUUUCGGUAAUAAAAUCUACUUCCACGUAGUCUUUCAUCCAGGGAUCUCAAACUGCUUUGCAAAUGUGAACUCUCAAUUAACCCUUGUUCCCCUUCCUCCUCAGAGAGGUAGGGAACAAAUUCUCAGCUCUCUAUUUUGUCAGCAGAGACAGCAUGACAGGGAGAGAGGGACACGGGGAGAGGGACAGGGGUAGGGGCAGUGCUAGGCCUCAGAUGCUCAAUCAUUGCUUUGGCAUCUAUAUUUAAUUACCUCCCUUGCUGUGCUCUGGACUGUACCAUAAUGGUAUCUAUUGAGCGCCUAAGUGCAACACUUAGGAGAGGACCACAGAAGCAAAAAACACACAGCCCCUGCCCACAAGGAGCUUACAGUCGAAUGAUCUUGCUGUAUUCACCAUAUGGUGAUCCGGAACAUAAGUAUGGUGUCUGAAACUCUUUUUCAGGCUAUCACAGGCAAAAUGUUCAUUGCCCAGAAUUGUGUGGGCAGGACAGCUGGUAAGGAAUUUCCUUCUGAAAAACUGUCAUUUCAGUGCCCUCCUCUGCAGUGAGCAAACUGAAUGGGAGGAGCCAGCCACUGGAAACAAAGUCGCCAGAGGAAGAGACAGAUCAGUGGCAUAUGCAGUUUCCCAUCAUCAGGGGCAUCACAGAGCCUGAUGCAGGAUUUCUAGUAUAAUUGGCAAAAGGCAUUUUGGACUUUGUGUAAUUGUCAUUCUUCAGGAGGUGGGAGACUGCUGGACGGUGGUGAGGGGUAGGAGGAGAAACAGUCUGUGGAGUCCAGAUGAAGAGUGGGAAUUGGUGAACAGCAGCACAGGGUCACCAGUGCUCCAGGACAUGAGCUAUCUCUCAGGGGGACAUUUGGUCCUAUCGGGAGGGUGCAGUCUAUAAGAAGUGGGGUGUGGGGGCGGGGACAGACUCUAUCUGCAAGGUUUUAUCCUUUGUCGCCUGUCUGGGCAACCAAAUGCAACAGGUGAAAACACAGAAUAGCAGUAAAAUAAGAUUAGCCCCAAACCUCCUUAGAGAAGCAGCGUGGCUCAGUGGAAAGAGCACGGGCUUUGGAGUCAGAGGUUAUGGGUUCA